AUGCAUUCAUGCGUGGAAUCGUGUAGAAAGCAGCGGCGUAAAUCUCUUGAGAAAUUGUUUGCACUUCUCAACAUUUCGCAGCCCAUUGAGACCAUCCGAUCGCCGAAUUGCUUCACUACACUGAACUACUUGGGGGAGCUCAUCUUCUACGAAGAGUUUGACAAGUUGGACAUGGGGGUUUGGCAGCACGAGAUCACCAUGAGCGGGGGUGGGAACUGGGAGUUCCAGAUGUACUGGAACAAUCGUACUAACAGCUACGCCGAAGAUGGAAUCCUGCACAUUCGACCCACGUUGAUGUCCGACCUCAAGGGUGAGGAGUUCCUUUGGACUGGGACAAUGAGCCUCUACGGCGGUGGUCCGGCCGACGAGUGCACGAACCCGGCAUUUUGGGGUUGCGAACGGGCCGGGAAUCCGACUAACAUCAUCAAUCCGACGGUGUCGGCCCGGAUCAGAACCGUGAAUUCCUUCACCUUCAAAUAUGGCACCGUGGAAGUCAGCGCAAAGAUGCCUGCUGGAGAUUGGCUUUGGCCAGCGAUAUGGAUGUUGCCGGCCAAGAAUGCGUAUGGAAUGUGGCCCGCAUCGGGGGAGAUCGAUCUUGUGGAGAGCCGAGGGAACCUUGAUCUUUCCAUGGAAGGAGUUCAGAUUGGCACCCAGCAGGUGGGAUCAACCCUCCACUUCGGACCGUUCUGGCCCGUGAACGGAUACGAGGUAGCCAACUACAAGCGGAACCUAGGAUCGGGGUACCACGAUGAUUUCCACCUUUACAAAGUCGAAUGGACUCCUGAUUACAUAAAAUUCACUCUGGAUGGUACGGAAUUGGGGACGGUCACGCCUGGCGAGGACGGGUUCUGGAAUCUGUAUCCCUUUGACGAGAAUUAUCCUGGCUUGGACAGCCCGUGGUCUUUGGGAACGAAAAUGGCUCCUUUUGACCAGGAGUUCUACUUGAUCGUGAACUUGGCCGUGGGCGGAACCAACGGAUUUUUCCCUGAUGGAACCACGGGUCCCUAUCCGAAACCCUGGAGUAAUACAAGCCCCCAGGCCUUCAAAGAUUUCUGGGAUCGACGGGGUGAUUGGUACCCCACCUGGAUCGAAGAUGAUACCCACCUUCAGGUGGAAUACGUCAAAGUUUGGGCUCUUUGAUUCCAUCCCAUGACAAUAAAGAGAGAUUAACAGCGAACGGAAUUUAUUUUGGGGCGAGGUUAACCGUCGAGUUCGCUGAUUUUGCAUGCCA